AUGAGCAGAGUCCAAGCCACUACAGACUACUUAGGGCCUGACUGCCGGUAUCUUAACUUCAAAACAGGGGAAGAGAUAAUUGUAUACUCCAAACUUUCAAGGAAAAAUGAAAACUUGUGGACAGGAAGUAAAGGAAAGGAUUUUGGGUAUUUCCCAAAAGAUGCUGUGAAGGUUGAGGAAGUUUUUAUUUCAGAAGAAGUUGAAGUGCUCACUAAGGAAACUGAUUUCCUUUGUCUCCAUGGAGAUAAGUACACUUUUGAAAAUGAAGAUAGCAUGUUACAUGAUCACAACAAAGAAAGUGAAUAUUCAUCAUCUGAUGCAGAAUCAAAGCUGUGUGAAAAUGAACUCUUAAAACAUACAAGGGACUCCAUGCAAAAGGAAGGAGUGGAAUCUGUUUCUGAAAAACAGAUUUCUGAUUCCCAGAAAUCACUCACUCAGGAGGAGUCUGCAAGCAACAAGUUGGUCAGAAAAAAUGAAAACAGUGAAGAUGAUACUGAAGAGCCACAAAUGCAAAACAGUCUCCAACUAGAACCCGUUUCAACUCAAUCUAGUUGGAUUGCAGGAUGGUUCACCACAGGCAGUGAAAAUGAUGAAGAGCCCUUAGAACCCAUUACUGAAUCUUUAGAAAAUACAUACCGAGGGAGAAAAAUAGUCUUAAGUGCUGAGGAUGACUUACAGGAGCCAAAUGAUAAGGAGGAACAAGAACCUCCAGCAUCUGUUUGGUUUCAAGGUGGCCUGACAGACUUUCUGUAUUUUGGUGAAGAGAAUAAUGUGGAUGUUGGUUUGGCAUCAGAAAAAAAUGACCCACAAAUCCAUGAUGUUUCUGAUGUGCCUAGACAUUCCAAUAAUGAACAGGAAACAGCAGCCACAGAGGAAACAGCAGUCACAGAGUUACCAACAGAAGAGAGUGAAAGCCAAGAAUCCAAAUCAGAUUGGUUUAAUUUAGGUUUAAGUAAUGUUCUUAAUUUUGGCCACUCUGAGGAAGACCAGCAAAGAAGAGAAACAAAGGACAAAACAAGUAAGACUGAAGAAGUACAGACUUUAGAUCAGAAAGAAUCACACAUGGACAAAGAAACAAAGGAGAUAGUUAAAGAAGCGACAGAGGCAGAAGAUGAAGAGAAUUAUGCACAAGAAAUAAUAGAUUCAAAUAGUAAUGUGCCAUAUCUUGGGGAGAUACUAGCAGGUAUGGGUACUCUUCAUGCCACCAAAAGCCCCUCGAAUAGCACAAAAACAUAUUUUGACAUACUAACAGGUGACGAAGAGAAGGCAGUUGAACCUUACAGUUCAGGACAAGACUUGGUAUCAGAAAGCCAGCUCCUGAAAACCACUGAAGCUGAAAAGACAAAUCAGGAGUCAGAAAGCAAAUACGGCCGGUCAGGAGUAGGCAGUAGAAGAAAGCUACUAGAAGAAACACCAGAGAAGGAACAUGAAAUCAGUGCUGCUGUAGAAAAUGAACACAACAGUGACCAACGUUCAAAAGCUACAGUGAUUCCUUCAGUAAAUUAUGAAGAAAAAAUUGACAGUUCAGUAGUUGAUUCUCAAUUUGAUGUCAAAAAGCCUUUCUCAGAUGCCAUCCAGAACUAUGUUCCGCGUAGUGAAGGAGGCUGGGUGUAUCAGAUCCUUCUGUGCUUGAAUGCUCUUGAGAUUGGGGAAUUGAUGAAGUCAGCAUUGUCAGCAGUGAUGAGUAUUAUCAAACAG